AGUAGAAAGGGAAAAAAAUAACCCCCCUCUUAAGAUCCUCAGAAAAGAAAAGUAGAGGAGAAACCCGGAGUUAAGCAGCUGUGAUCUUGACCCAUCGGCUGCCGCAUCCGGAUCUUGCGAGUAUAAACAACAACCCAAACUUCUGGCGAUGUUUUGCGAUGCAGGAGAAAGUUUGGCUGCUAAAGAAGGAUGAGGAGCGAAACUGACCAGCCUCGUUCUGCCAAGUAAGGAAACUGACCAGAUUGCUGUUGAUAAAACGGACUAGGCUGGUCUCGGGUAGGGGACACCACCGGGUGUCCCCUUUCCCAGCCACGAUGAGCCUUUGAGGGUUUCAAGCCAACCCUCGGGACUUCCCCCCCCUUCCCUACCUACCUACCUACCUACCUUCCUCCUCCUCCUCAGCCCUCCUCAUUUUUUCCUCUGCUGCCAACCCCCCCGCUCCUCCCCCCGCCAGCCUUUCUUCAAUGGGCGCUUUGGAUUCCCUCGCCGGAGGAACCGCCAACCCGACCGCCGCUGCCCUCACCAUGCUGAACGGGGCAGAGAGCCAAAGUUUCGCCAAGGAGCCGCCAGACCUCCAGGUAGCGGCGACCAAAGACCCCGCCGAGCUGAAGAUCGGCGUGCCCCAGGAGCGCUUCUACUACCCGGAGCCCCACAUGCAAGAAGGCGGCUGCAACUUAGGGCUGACCUACGGCGCACAGAUGGUGCAGGGAGGAGGCGGCGGCUUUGGAGUGAGCAGCCCGGCCCCAUCGGGCAGGUUUAUAGGGCCGGCCGUGAACAACUGCUCCUCUUACAGACCUCCUCCUCCCCCGGUUCCUGCUCCUCCUUCGGCUGCUCCUCCUGGGAAUCCCAGCUUCUCGGUGUCCACGGCCGAGAUCUACCCAAGCGCCGGGGACCUGUAUCCCAGCGCGCCCGGGGGAGAAGGCUGCUACUCGGCCGCAGUCCAGCACAUGUUCCCGCGCGGGCCUCUCUACCAAGUGCCGGGCUACCAAGUCUCCGGGAAGAUCCAGGUAGUGCUCAACAACUAUCCUCUCUGGGCCAAGUUCCACAAACACCAGACGGAAAUGAUCAUCACGAAACAGGGCAGGAGAAUGUUCCCAUUUCUGAGCUUCAACAUCUCUGGACUGGACCCUGUCGCCCAUUACAGCAUCUUUGUGGACAUUGUGUUAGUCGAUCAACACCACUGGCGAUACCAAGGCGGGAAAUGGGUGCAGUGCGGCAAAGCAGAAGGAAAUAUGCCAGGGAAUCGGACGUACAUGCACCCGGAUUCUCCCAACACCGGAGCCCACUGGAUGCGGCAGGAGAUCUCCUUUGGGAAGCUGAAGCUCACCAAUAACAAAGGGGCAUCCAACAAUGUCACACAGAUGAUCGUGCUACAGUCCUUGCACAAGUACCAGCCGCGACUACAUGUCACCGAGGCCAAGGACAGCGAGGUGGACAAAGUACACCCUUCCAUCUGUAGCCAGACCUUCACCUUCCCCGAGACUCAGUUCAUUGCUGUUACAGCGUACCAGAAUGCUGACAUCACCCAGCUGAAGAUAGACCACAAUCCUUUUGCUAAAGGCUUCCGGGACAACUUUGAUUCGAUGUACACCACGACCGAAGGAGACCGCACAACUCCAUCUCCGCCCGGUGCCGCCAGCUGCCAGCAGCUCCUCACGAGCAGCCGCUUCCAGCCCUUCUUGCACGAUCAGUACACGCUCCCUCAGAGCCGCUUCUACAACCGGGAGCGGGCCCCCCUGCCUCUGCCGCCCAAGGAGACCCACCACUGGUAUUUCGCUUCCCAGCAGCCCCCUUCCGCCCCUCUGGAAUACGGCACCUACGAGGGCGACUUCAGAGGGAACAAAUUCAUGCCGUACGGGAUGAAGCCCUUUGCCCUACAGGCGGCGCCGCACCCCUCCUUGCCCUAUUACCAGGAGCACCCCUUCGGGCCCCCAGCCACCUGGAGCGCCCCACCUCAGUAUCACCACCCCAAGCCCACCCCAGGGGCCUUGAGCUGGUUCCGCCCCAUGAGGGACUUGCAGGCGGUGCCCUCCACCGACGAGAAAGGGAAGGACAGCGAAGGCUGGGCCGAGCCCGGCUCUGUGAAGUCGGCCGAUUCCUCGGACUCCGGGCUGUACGAAGCCGAGUGCAAGCGCCGCCGUGUGUCCCCCUACGUCUCCAGCGCUGAGAGCUCCCCGCCCAUCCGCAACGGGGAGCUCUAUGACAAAGAAGGAGGGGAUGGGGGCUAUUAUGGCUUCUAUGGCAACUGAAGUUGGGGGGGCAGGCAGGACAGAAA